AUGCAGUGCGGAUCGAUCGAAGUGAUGCGGCACGCGAUGUCAUCGGGCCUGGUCGACAACCUGAACGGCGCCCUCGAGCACGCCAUCCGAUCCAAUGACUGCGACAUGAUCACAGUUUUAGAUAACGAGUUCCACGAGACAAGAAUCGGUCCAGCGUGUCUGGUGGCCGCGGUCGAAUCAGGUGCUCUUGCUCUUGUUCAAAAGUACUGCGUGGACGGCGUGCUCGAUGCCAGCGCCGCCAACUUCGGCCUCGAGGACAGUUUCUGCUAUCCUUUCGACAUGACCGCAAAACGAAUGAUCUGUCGCUGCUGGAAGGCGUAUGUGGGUGACUAUCUGAUCGAAGCCGCCAAGCGAUGUGGUCAUUUUGAAAUAUUGAAAUGGUUACACACGCAACACAUUCCGUGCGCGGACGAACUAUCCGAGACGCACGACAUCAUAGGCAAAGCCGCCGCCCACGGAAACACAGAAAUGGUCGAAUGGAUGUUGCUCGCAGGCUACCACCCAUCGGCGUGCGAGAUCCCAUAUGCCAGCCACUCCAACGACGUGUGCUAUCUAGAGUGGCUCGUUACAAAAGGUUGCAUCAUUGACCCCGAUGCACUGAACUUCUGCUCAAACAAGGACGCACGCGUCAUCUCAUGGCUUCAAUCCAAGGGAUAUGUUUUCUGUUAA